AUGCACUCAAGUCUCCUGGCAAAUCCAUGGUACUACGUCAAAAUUUUAUACUUUCGAGAGUAUAAUGAUCUCGGGUUUAUUUCCAGUCACCUCCUUUACCACCUCCACCUCCACCUCCGGCACCAAAGCCACCUCCCUUAUCUCCACUACCUCCACCUCCGCCAGCUCCAGCACCUGAACCUCCUCCAGCUCCUGAACCUUCACCUCCGCCAGCUCCUGCACCUCCGCCAGCUCCUGAACCUCCACCAGCUCCUGCACCGUCACCUCCGCCAGCUCCUGCACCUCCACCAGCUCCAGCACCUCCGCCUGCACCUCCUCCUGCACCUCCUCCGCUUCCAGAAGCUUCACCGAUGCCCCAGCCUCCGCCGCCACCGCCACCGAUGCCAAAGCCAGCUCCAUCAUCACCACCGCCACCUCCACCUCCAAAGCCUCCACCACCACCGCCUCCAAUCCCUCCAGGGGAAGUUUCAAGAUCUGUAUUCUUUGUAA